AAAAAAUGUCAAUCAAUUCAUCACAUAUCUCAGUAUAAGUUGGUCCAUAUUAUGAGGGAGAAGGAGCUUUGAGUUUGAGGUAUUAUUAGACUUUUAUAUAUCUUAGUUUGAAGGCUCUUAUUAAUAAAUAAGCAGCAACAUAACAAUUAGAAUAGUUAUAAAAAUAAACAGGUGGUAAUUUGGAUACAGAAUGGGGAUUUGUAUUAGGUUUAAAGACAAUAGAUGGAAAGGCUUAAGAAUUAUAGAAAUUUUUGAAUGAGAAAUUUAAUUCAAAUCUUUAAGAAGAUAAUAUUGUAAUGAAGAGUCAUAGUGAAGGAACAACUUUAUGGUUGUCAUUUUAAUUAAAACCUGAUGAAUUGGAAGAAAUGAAAGAAGGAUUUAAUAUGGUCUUUGCUUAAGGUAAAGAUAUGAUUUAUUUAAAAUAAUAUUAGGUUUAGAAGAAUUUGCUGAAAAGAAUGAAAAUUCAAUAUAAAUGUUAUUGUCAUCUAAUACAGAUUUUACAUUUGCAGGUGAACUUUUAAAAAAAGGUGAUAGAUUAAUGUCAGUAGUUAUGAAAAGUUUGAAAUUUAUUAUGAAAUUUGAUGUUGCUUAAGAUUUUGCAUAAACAAUAAAAAAUGUACUUGAAAAUCUUGAACCUGAUGCUGCAAAUGAACCUCCAAUGAAUUUGUUUUUAAAGUUUAAGAAUUUUAAAGUGGAUUUAGAAUUUAAGAGUUCUGAUGAAUGUCCUGAAUUUAUUAAAUAAAAUGGAUUUUUUGGAAAAAAGAUGUAAAAAUUGAUUUAAGAUGGAGAUGCAGUUAUAUAAGAUGAAGAAGCAAUAGCAAUUUUAAAACAAAUUUAAGAAGUAUUCAUUAAAAUAAUUUUAGAACUUACCAAAUAUAGAAACAGAUUUCUAUUAUACAAUUCCAAAUUUCUUGGCUAUUAGUGGAAAUGCUAAAUUACCAGGUUUUGCAUAAUUCUUUUUGGAUUAUGGAAAUUUUAUAGAAAAAUUGUGA